AUGCCGAGAAUCACCGCUCCCGUCUCCAAGCUCUCUCGCACUCUCGCCGAGUCGAACCGCCAUGCUGGUAUCUCUCUGAUGCCCAAGUAUGCUGAGCUCCUUGGAGCUUCUUCAGACCAGUCGCAACACUCUGAUGCUCGCGGUCUCAAGACCACCCACCGUCCUACUCCUCAGCCAUCAAUUGUUGGUCGUCCCAGGCCUUUGAUGCAGACCUUCCACUCUUCUGCACCUUCGCGUGCUCCUGUCAACCAUGUCGAUACUAUGGUCUUGCCUAAGAUCCACGCUACUCCCAACUUCAACGAGCCUCUCCCCCUGAUGCCUCUUCUCCCCGACAACUACGGCGCCCGCCACAGCUCUCUUUCUGAUGCCGCCGAUUUGUCAACUCGGCCCGUCAUCUUUGCCAUUGACCCUGACGUCGUUGUUCCCGGUGCUCCCAUGGCUACCAUGGAAGCCGUGAACAUGGAUGGCGUUGACGUCAAGUUCAUCCAUGAGCAGCCCGCUAAAGAAGCCAAGGAAGCCGAUUCCGACCGCAGCACAUUUCUCAGUGACAUCUUCCGCGGUAUGGUUGACGAUGUCUUCAGCACCAGAAAUCAGCUCAAGAAAAGCUGA